AUGGCCUCUCGGAACCGUCAGCGAGGAUCAUACGCCUACGGCGAGGACAGCGCAGAGGCCUUGUCCAACGACCACGAGGCGGCAAAGCAGAGAGAGGCCACGGUGUAUGAUGCAGUCGCAGGUCGGGUGUCACACAAGUUUUCAAAAGACGAUGCCACCACUGGCAGCCGCAAAACCGCCUCAGGGCAACAUCAUCUCGGCGACCCUGUCCUAGCCCCCGAAGAGGUCCUCUUCUCCCGAAAGCGCGCCCCGCAGCGAUAUGCCGAGAAGGACAUAUACUUCGCAAACGAGUCCCUGCCCGAAGCCGGUCGCAACUUGCUACCCGAUAGCGACAUGGUUAAGGCUGUUCAUGGCUACGCGAGUCAUUUCUACGAGGCACUAGGUCGCCGGUGUGCAGGGGAGCCACGCGGUGAUAUAGGACGCGUCAACGAGCGAAGCAUGGAUGAGACGGCGAUCCUCACGUUUGGGAUCCUGUUCGAGGAGGCUGCCCAGGACUCAUUGGGCAAGCACGGUGACAUGGUCUUCACCGAGGGCAUCCAGGACGACGAUGACGGUGAGGAUGUCCGAGAAAAACAGAAAGCGACCAACUCUCGUAGAGCGCAAACUCCUGUUGGGUUCGAAGGCGAGGAGGCCUUCUGGAAGAGACCCUACUCGAAGAGGAGGAAGGUAAAGGACGAGAAAGACUAG